GGGGCCUGCCAAAAGCCCUUGAAAUAAGGCUCUGGCCAGGCCGCAACUUGCUGCAGCUGGUCCCAACCGUGGCCUUCGGGUUGGCAGCCGCACAGCUAGGCGUGCAGCAGCAUGGCCACUCCCAGGCGGUUUCCGACGCUCGUGCAUUUGGAGCAGAGAGAGGGGACGCUAUUCACGGUGCUCGGUAACCUCACCAAGCGGCCCUACUGGUUCCACAUUGAGUACCUAAAGAGUCCGAAGACAGUUCAUCUCGAGGCAUGGCUAGUUGAAGCGAUCUUCGGCCGAGGAGCAGAGUACAUUCCGCACGUGGAGUGUGUGUCCCAGACCCUACUCCACGUUAAUCAGUGGGACCCCGAGGGCGAGGCCGAGAUCUUUAUAUUUGGUCGGCCUGAUUACCAGAAAGAUGUAUCCAAGAUGAUCAUGAAUUUGGCUGACUAUCAUCGCCAACUCCGGGCACAAAGAACGGAACUGGGUAAGUUAGGGGCACCUUGGGCUUGCCGCUCAGAGAAGGCCCCUGCCCAGGAUGCAGUGACCCAGCGGACCCUCGACGCUCCCCGCGAGGCAGCGACCCAGGGGUCCCCGAAGGCUGCCCGCGAGGCGUCGACCCAGGGGUCCCCGAAGGCUGCCCGCGAGGCGGCGACCCAGGGGUCCCCGAGGGCUGCCCGCGAGGCGGCGACCCAGGGGUCCCCGAGGGCUGCCCGCGAGGCGGCGACCCAGGGGUCCCCGAGGGCUGCCCGUGAGGCGGCGACCCAGGGGUCCCCGAGGGCGACCCGCGAGGCGGCGAUCCAGGGGUCCCCGAGGGCGACCCGCGAGGCGGCGACCCAGGGGUCCCCGAGGGCUGCCCGCGAGGCGUCGACCCAGGGGUCCCCGAAGGCUGCCCGCGAGGCGGCGACCCAGGGGUCCCCGAGGGCGACCCGCGAGGCGGCGACCCAGGGGUCCCCGAGGGCGACCCGCGAGGCGGCGACCCAGGGGUCCCCGAAGGCUGCCCGCGAGGCGGCGACCCAGGGGUCCCCGAAGGCUGCCCGGGAGGCGGCGACCCAGCGGUCCCCGAGGGCGACCCGCGAGGCGGCGACCCAGCGGUCCCCCGGCGCGGUGGCCCGGGAGGCGGCGACCCAGCGGUCCCCCGGCGCGGUGGCCCGGGAGGCGGCGACCCAGCGGUCCCCCGGCGCGGUGGCCCGGGAGGCGGCGACCCAGCGUCCCCCGGCGCGGUGGCCCGGGAGGCGGCGACCCAGGCGUCCCCCGGCGCGGUGGCCCGGGAGGCGGCGACCCAGGCGUCCCCCGGCGCGGUGGCCCGGGAAGCGGCGACCCAACGAUCUCCGGACGCUACCCAGGGUGUGGUUACCGGGUUAUGAAAGUACUUCGGGCCCGGGAGCAGGAGCCAGGCAAGGAUAA